AUGGCUUCAGGUGCACUUUUCAAGACAAUGAAGGAGGAUGCUACCUGCUCCAUCUGCCUAGAAAUAAUGACUAAGCCCGUGAGCAUUGACUGUGGGCAUAGCUAUUGUCAAUCUUGCAUAAUGAAAAACGUGACGAGCCAACAACUCUAUAAUAAGAAGACAUUCUACUGUCCUGUGUGUAGGUCAAAGUUUCAAAAGGAGAGCAUCCGGCCCGUCAAAGAGCUGGAAAACAUCAUCAGUUCAAUUAAGAAGGUGGAGCAGGAAACUUUAUGUGAGGAACAUCGAGAGCUGCUCCAGUUAUUCUGUGUAGACGAUCAACAGAUCAUCUGCUGGCGCUGUGAGCGAACACCACAGCACAAAGAACACACCAUAGUUCUGGUUGAAGAUGUAUGCCAAAGUUACAAGGAUAAGUUCCAGGAAGCUGUGACCAAACUGAAGAAACUGGAAAACCAAUGUAAUCGUUGGAUGUUGGACACAAAUGAACAAAAAAUAAAAUUCAAGGAGAAGAUAGAGCUUAAUAUAAACAAGAUCCAGUCUGUCUUUAAGAAAUUUUACGUGAUCCUCCAUGAAGAGGAGCAGGUUUGUCUGUGUCAACUGGAGGGAAUGAAAGAGCAAACUCUGAGGAAACUGGAGGAUCGAGAAUCAAGUCUGGAAAUGCAGAGCCAGAAACUCAAGAACCACAUCCUGGAACUAGAAAAUAAAUGUCAGGGAUUGGCCCAGAAUUUGAUGCAGGUGAGGCUGUUCUUGGUCUCUGCUUAUUCAAGGAUUUCAUCUGUGACAUUGGAAUCACCGGAGACUGUCUCUUUGGAGCUUCCUGACCUGUGUAAAGUUUCUAAUAUUUACGUUAAUAUGAAGACAAUUUUAGAGACCUGUCAUGUUAGCGUGACUCUGGAUCCAGAUACAGCUCAUCGUGAACUAAUUCUGACUGAGAAUCAGAAACAAGUGACUCGUGGAUGCCCUGAGAGGAAGACUAAAAUUCCUAGUAGAUUUACUGUCUCACCCUGUGUCCUGGGUUGUGAGACCUUCACCUCUGGAAGACAUUUUUUUGAAGUGAGUGUUAAGAACAGCAUUGAUUGGGAUGUAGGAGUUUGUCUGGAAAGUGUACCAAUGGCUGAUAGAGAUGAUAUAGAACGGGACCCUGAAUAUGGAUUCUGGGCUAUUAGCCGUAGUAGAAAGAUGGGAGGGUAUGUAGUACUUACCCUUCCCGUAGAGUUCAUUAAUUCAGAGAUGAUAAGUUGGCAUAUUGGAGUUUUCCUGGACUGUGAGAAUAGGCAUGUGUCCUUUUACAAUAUGAACACUAGGUCUCGCAUCUUAACCCUCCAGAACGCCAACUUCCCUGGGCCCCUCAAACCUUACUUCAGGGUUGGUAAAGGUUCAAUUCUGUGCGGACCUCCCCUUGAAAAAUGA